CCUUCAAGAAUUAGAUUCUCUGCAGAAUGAAAGUGCUAGAGAAAUUAACAAAGGCGAGAACACCGGAGUAUGGUGUUAAACCAUCUUGAUAAUCAGAAGGCUCAGAAAGGCUUGAAACUUCAUCGCAGAGAGGAUUUUCUUUUUACCUUCCCUGCCUCCCGCAAUUAAUGCCAUUUAAUAUAUACUGUCAAUUAUUUUUGAAGGGAAAAUAUGCCUUAAAGCAGCUCUCAAUAGGUUACUGACAUGCGCCACAAAUGUCAUUCCACCUCAAACCCCUUCCAAAACCUAACAAUCACUUUUAAGCCUAGUUCGGGGCACUUUCGUGCUUCACUAAAGCCAGGUCUUCGAGGCAGGCGCAUCAGUACACUUAUUCCACAUCCUCCUGAAAAUCAGCAAUUUCAGUGCUAAGACAGAGAAGCGACUAGCUUUUUGUUUCUAAUUUAAAACCAAGCGAUUUCCAAAAACGAUUCGAGACAAUUUUCAAUGUUUUCAACUACGCAGUGGCUUAUUUCUACAAUUCACGUCAAGUAACCCCUCUCCUCUCCGCCCGCGCCAUUCACCUCCCACCACCCAGGGACCUAGACUCUCUGCGGCCGCCCCUGGCUUCGCUCAGCUUAAAGGGCCGGGCGCGCUUCUACGAGCUUCAGUGCGCACGACUUCGCCGCUCUCCGUAGCCUCUACAGCCAGAGCGGUCAACCAAUGGCCGCCUAGUCUCGUACUCAUCGUCCCGCCUUCCGGUUCCACUGAAGCCAAUAGAAAGAGCCCUCUAACAACAGAAGCCAAUGGGAGGCCGGGGGCGGGCUUAUCAUUGGCUGCGGGCGUCCCGCAGUGCAGUCUGGGCCCCCCCCCCUCCGUUACCCUGGAGCCGAGGUCGCCGCGCCGUUGCAACCCAGGAGCUGACGUCCCCGCCCCUACCUUAGCCCCGUGUUCAAACUUCCCGCACCCCAGCACCCUGAGCGCCCGCCCCGCAGCCGAGUCUGGCAUCCCCUCUUUGGCGGCCAGACGCCGAGGCCCCGCGGACAGAAGGGGAAAAAGUGUAUUUUCUGGUCCCUCCUGUGAAUUGUGGACCACAGAUACAGAGAGAAAACAAAUUGCACAUACAUGAAUAUUAUUCCCGGGAUCUGAAGACUCUAAAAAAUGCUCUUCAGGAUUGCCAUGGAUUUUUCUGAAGAAAAGAAUCUGUGAAAUUAUGUGAAUAGAGGCCAUUUUUCAAAGCCAUGGGGGAAAGAGAAAGAAGUCCAGGUACUGGUAAAGAAAGUAAGGCAGGCAGACAUUAUUACUCUUACUGUUCAUCUGAUUUUGGAGCUACACCACAGUCUUCUGGCCGGUCAUCGCUGGCCCAUCCGUCCUCACCGGCAAGUAUUAAGGGAAAAAAUCCUAAAAAACAAAUUUCAGACAGCCAAGUGCGUCAUCAAGUCCCUAGGAAACCAAACCCUAAGGGUCCACCAAACAGAAGGGGAGUCCCAGUGGGAUUUCACUCCCAGGGCCUCAAUAGGGAGCCACUUCGGAAAGAUACUGAUCUUGUUACAAAACGGGUUCUUUCUGCAAGACUGCUAAAAAUCAAUGAAUUGCAGAAUGAAGUAACUGAACUCCAGGUCAAGUUAGCUGAGCUGCUAAAAGAAAAUAAGGCUUUGAAAAGGCUUCACUAUCGGCAGGAGAAAGCCCUGAAUAAGUUUGAAGAUACAGAAAAUGAAAUCUCACAACUUAUUGCUCGUCAUAACAAUGAGAUUACAGCACUCAAAGAACGCUUAAGAAAAUCUCAAGAGAAAGAACGGGCAACUGAGAAAAGGGUGAAAGAUACAGAAGGUGAACUAUUUAGGACAAAACUUUCCUUACAGAAACUGAAAAAGAUCUCUGAAGCUAGACACCUACCUGAACGAGAUGAUUUAGCAAAGAAACUCGUUUCAGCAGAGUUAAAAUUAGAUGACACCGAGAGAAGAAUUAAGGAACUAUCAAGAAACCUUGAGCUAAGUACUAACAGUUUCCAGCGACAGUUGCUUGCUGAAAGGAAAAGGGCAUAUGAGGCUCAUGAUGAAAAUAAAAUUCUUCAAAAUGAGCUACAACAACUACAUCACAAAUUAAAGGAAAAGGAGAGAGAACUGGACUUAAAAAACAUAUAUUCUAAUCGUCUGCCAAAGUCUUCUCCAAAGAAAGAAAAAGAAAUUACAUCAAAAAAAAAUGCUGCAUGCCAGAGUGAUUUUACAAACCAGUGUACAAAAGAAGUACAAACCAGUGAAGACUUCGAGCUGGAGGAAUAUCCUAUAACACCACAAACAGUUAUGUGUUAUGAAAACAAAUGGAAAGAACCUGAACGUCUUUCUUUGGAUCUGGAAUCUCAAGAGAGAGAUGAUCAUGAAGAAGCAGGGAUUCUAAACCCAAUUGUGGAAAGAGAAGACAAAUUUGUUAAAGAUCAAGGACUCCAUGCUGUGAAACAGGAGGCUGAGAAGCUGGAGGAUGAGCGGGAAAGAGAAGAACUUGCUAAAAAGCAAAAGGAAAAGACAUCUUUGUUGGAGAGAGAAGAAAAGCCAGUGUUGGAAACUGGAAGAUACCGAAUGGAAACCUACCACAUUCAAAAUACUGAUAAAUUGGAAGAAGAGGAAGAAGAAAGGCUAAAGAGAGAAAUGCUACUUGCUAAACUGAAUGCAAUCAGCAGAGAACUCCAAGGUUCUCGGAAUCUAAAAUAUCCUUCUCUGCCAUUGCUUCGUGAUUUGGAAUCAAAACUGCGCUCCCCAGAGAGAAACCCCAAAACACACACAUUCUUUGAAUCCUCGGAGAGAUUAUUUAAUGGGCAUCAUUUGCAAGACAUCAGUCUUUUCAGUACAAAAGGCGAUGGUCAGAAUCCGGGCAGUAUCAGAAAACCAGCCUCUCCAGAUGGGCUUGCAUUUGGUAGCUAUGUGCCUUCAUUUGCGAAAACAUUAGGCAAGUCAAGUCCAGUUAGCCACAAGAGUAGCCUUUUGGAUUUCCAAAGAAACAAUAUAGAGAAAUUUAGUAAAGACAGUGUCGAUUUAAUUACAAGAAAAGAGAAAAAAGCUAAUCUGAUGGAACAGCUAUUUGGUGCCAGUGGCGGCAGCGGCAUUUCCUCUAAAAGCAGUGACCCAAAUUCUCUGGCUGCCACCAAUGGAGACUUUGACCCUCUAAAUUUUCUCCCUGGGGAUAAAAGCAGCAGGGGUAGGGAAUAUGAUGAUGACGAUGACUUUUUCUUCAGCGAAGGAAAUAGUUUUAAUCCAAAUAGACACCAAUUAAAACAUGCAAACAAUAAACCAGCAGUAAAAGGUGAUUCUGUAGAAGAUGAAAUUGAAGAAGUAGCACUGAGAUGACUGACUAGAGUAUAUAUUUUUUCCAAUUGUAAAUAUUAAAAUGUUUUAAUACAGUAUUUAUUUUAUUAUAAACAGAGUUUUUAAUAAAUAUUAUUAAGUCCUUAUUAAGCAAUAGUUUUAAAAGUAUAAAUACAGCGGAAAUAAAAAGAUCAUAUCACACCGCAUAGCUAGUUUGCCAAGAAUGAAGCAUGCUCUUUUGACUGAAACUGAAAAUAGAGAUGCAUCUUACUUUCUUUUUACAAAUAGGUUUUACGUCUGAAUCAGCUCAGUGGGGAGUUUUAUUCCAUUGGAGUACGUAUUCAUUUUCUAUUUUAUCCCUAUUUAUUUAUUUAUUUUUGGCCCUAUCCUCUCUGAGCUAAAUACAGUCUUCCUGCUGAUAGUCGAAUGGAAAUGAAGAGUGAGAGGCUCUGUUGGGAAGUGUGGCAAGGCUGAGGGUACUCUUAAGUGGAACAGUGACAACAUGGGGACUUCCCAUUCCUCUGGAAGCAACCACAGUUAAAUGCUACUCAUUUCCCAAUUACAGAGUCUCGUUAAAUCACUUACCUACAACUGUGCUAAUACAUUAGGUUGAAUUCAGAAGAUGUUUGUUUGGGUGGACAGUUCCCUGUCAUGGCUCCCAGAGGCUUGGGUGCAGUGUAGUCAGUAAUUCGUCUUCUUGAUCUCCUACGCUUUUUAUAUCUCAGUGACUAGAUGUGAGAGUUCAUACCAAAUACACGGAACAGAAGAAAUUUCAUCCCAAAAUAGCAAGAUUUUCAACUCAAUUAUGUUUCCAGAGUAACGUAACUAGGAAAUUUUAAUACGUACUUUUAAGAUUUGAACUUACUGUCAAACCAAAGAGACAACGAUAGUGUGAUACUAUUGGACUUACAGGGCUAAUUUUAAAGCAACCUUGGUAAAAAUUGUUUAAGAGAUGGGGCUCCUGCCUUGCGGAGUAGGGUGGUUGAUUUUCUGUUGAAAAGUGUUUGGUCUUCUGCUGUUUGUAGCUCACUUCAGCUGCAAAGGAGUUGAUGACCUUGGAUUAUGCUGGGCAUGAUUGGUCUUUAAGAAACAGUAAUACACCACCAACCAAGGAGAAAACACAGUUCAGAUGAAGAGUGGUGGAAAUAGUGUGUCAGGGGAAGAAUAAAUAACGUUGAUUGGCACUUAUUCUAAAGUGAACUGUUGUUUUCAAGAAUUUACUACAUAUUUGCUCAUAGUAUGAUUUCUCAUGCCAAGCAUACAUACUGAUGAGGAACUAGAGUUACUGUUUUAUCUUGAGUUCUUAUAAAUGCUUAUUAUUGAAUAUAAUUUCAUAAUUCUUUGACAAGACUGACCUGGUUAGGUCUCUAUUUAAAAGAUGUUACCACCUAGCAUCUUCUAAAUUGUGUUCCUGUUAUUUACUGGGAACUGAAUCUCUCAAAAGUGCUAAACUAUAUUAAAAAAUUUUUUAAUUUUUCUAUGACUGAUAUAAAUAAGCAUUUAGUAUAUUGUAAAUCAUUCUAAUAUAUGUAAACCACAAUAUUAUUGUAGUGCAGUUCUUGAUAAAAUAUUAUGUAAUGUUAAUUUUGUUCAUAGCUGCUAAUUUUUCAGCCAAAAGUAUUCUAAUUUUUAGGGUUUUUUGUUCUAAAGACUUUUGUAAAAAGUCCUUUAGUAAAGUUUUAUAUUCAGGUCAUUUUAGUUAGUCUCUUGCUUUUUUCUACCUGAUGUUUUCUAGUCUUUUUAACCAGAUGCAAUAAGGCAGAAUUAUUAAAUUAAACCUAAAAUUAAGUUAUAGACUUAGCAUUAUGGUGUUAAGCAUUAAAAUUGGAGAUUAUACAGAAUAAGUUUUUCUUUAUGAACAAACCUUAGUGAAUAACUAACUUUUUUUUUCUAAAUGUCAAGUUAAAUUUAUUUGCACUCAGAACUCUUAUUAAUAAAAAUGUAAAACACACUCUUUGUUUGAAUGGUACCUUCCUUAAGGUCACUUGGGAAAUAUAUAGUGGAAAUAGGACCUGCAGGGUUUUUAUUUCAUUAUUCACCUUUUAAAAUUUUCCUAUUCAGUAUUUUUAGUUGAAGUAGAUGAAUCUGCCCUAAGUCGGGUUAGACAGUAUGCUUAGCCUUAUCAGAUAAUUAUAGUCUUAAUGAAUUCUUUCACGCUUAAUAGCUGUCAUAAUGGCUUAUGUUGCUUAUAAUAUUAAAAGUAGGCGGUAAGGGGGACUAGAUUGAAUCAAAAUAAACACUUCAGUGCUGAUGCACUGGCUUUCUGAUGCUCAUCCCCACCUCACUUUCAGACACGCUGAAACUUCUGCUGUCCCUGGCUGGGUGUUAACCUGGGUAGAGCCUGCAAGUCCGUCUGGUGAAAAGGGGAUGGGAAACUUGUAUUACGGUGACAGUGUGGAUUUUUUAGGAUUAAAGAAGUUACCAUAAAUUGUCAAGAAAGGAUCUUUUAAAGCUUUUUCCUUUCUACACAAUAAAUGCCCCUUUCACCUUCAAGUCCCCUUUCGUAUCACUUGAAAGUGUUUUUCUGUUCUGGGUUUUGAGCAAAGAGCACGUCAUGUAUUCAUUCACUGACUGCUUGUUUGCGUGCUCCCUGGGGGGUGCGCGGCACGGUAUGAGGUGCCGGGAGAGUAAGGCCCUGCCUCUCCCUCAGUGUGGACACGAGCCGGGCCGCAUCCCUGCCCUUCCAUCCACUCCCUGGGCGUCCUUGGGCUACUUAGCAAUUACUAGUCUUUUAUAAUGCUUCCUAGGGUGGCUAUGAGGAGUACCUUAAAUACUUAGGUUAAUGUUUGGCACAGUGCAUGAUACAUUAUAAGCACUCAGUAAACAUCAGCUGUUGUUAUCACAGUUGUUAUGAGUUUCAUUUAGGGACUACUUGGAAAAAAUAGAGCAUAGGUAAUGUAUACAAAAUACAUUGACAUUAUACUCUGAGUAAGAUACAAGCAAAAAGAGCUUCUAAACCUCCAAAUUAACAUACAAUAUCUGUACUGAAUAUAUUGUGCCUCUUAGGUCUGCACUUAGAAUGUCCCUUUAUUCGGCACUAACUGUGUAUGACUGAUGAGCUGGCUUCCUAAUCUACAAAAGAGUAAGUAGAACAGCUAAGUUUUGGAACGCUUUUCUGAAGACAGUUUUAGUGACAUAAGGAGAGGUAGAGCGCCUCAUAGCAAAAAGACAAUGAAAUCCAGAAAACACCAGACUUGGACUGCAGAAUGUGACAAUUUGUAGCCCAGCUCCCUCCCCCCUCAAUGUCUGUGUGUGUCCUUGGAUAUGUUCAAAGCCUCUCCAUACCGCCCCUCUCCUCUACGAGGUGGGGCUAAUGAUGGUACCUACCUCAUGGUAGUUGCAUACAGUAAAUGAGUUCAUACGUGAAAAAUCUUAGAACCAUUUGAUGCUCAAAUUGUUGAUGUUCUGGAAAGGUAAUGGAGAAAAGGGGGGAUGAAGUGGUAUUGUUGAAUUCUAUAUAUAGAAUUGGCGGUUGGUGUUUUUAUGUAUGUGCUUUUUUCGCGUGAUCCUCCCAAAGCUUUUUCUAAAGAAGGCGCUUACUAUUGCUCCCAUUUGACAGUUGAGACUAACGGGUUGUAAUAUAUGAUAGAUUACACAGGUAACAGGCUGCAUUCAAUAGUCUCAAUUUAAGAAGUCCAAAGAAAUAAAGUAUUUUAGGAAGA